AUUCCUGUUGCCUAUCCAAAUGACAAUUCAAAAGAAAACUAUUAGUAACAACAUCAACUUAAAUAAAUUUUAUUUCUAACAAAUAUUAAGUGUAUUAACUAUGAUUUCUUAAUAAAACUAGCUGUUCACUAGCAGAGCAUAUUUUAAUAUUUGAUAAGUAAUAUUUAAUUAAUAUAACCUACAUAUUAUUCAGUCAAAACAACAAUUUAAUAAAAUUUCGUACUAAUACAAGCUCGUUAGGUUAGUAAGAAACAGAACAAAAAUGGUUUGUGAGAAGUGCGAAAAGAAAUUGGGCAGAGUAAUAACGCCGGACCCUUGGAAGGCUGGAGCUAGGAAUACCGUGGAGUCCGGCGGACGUGUUGUUGGAGAAAACAAAGCAUUAACCGCCAAAAAAGGACGAUUUAAUCCGUACACUUCCACAUUUCAACAGUGCAAAAUCUGCAGAACGAAAGUACACCAGGUCGGAUCACAUUACUGCCAAGCUUGUGCAUACAAAAAGGGUAUAUGUGCCAUGUGUGGAAAGAAGAUUCUAGACACUAAGAAUUACAGACAGAGCUCAACUUAGUUUAUUGUUAUGUUAUCCUAGUUCAUAAGAAACAUUACCUAAAUAAGUUCUAAAAGAAAAAAUAUAGUGUAUUUGUAAA